AGCGCCGCCAUCGCUGCAGAGCGCGCGUGUCGCGGCUGGUCCGCCGCUCCCGUUACCGGGGCAACCACAGCGCCUCCCGGGUGCUGAUCGAGGUCGUCCCUCCGCGCAAUUUUCAAACUGCGGAAGUGGCGGGAGCCGCGGGCUGGAGCGGAAGGAGCCAGCGAGGGAGGCGACUGGGGAGGGCGAUGCGGCCACAGGCGGAGGGACUUUAGUUUUUGGAAUUGAGUAAAACUGGCUUUGGAAGUCGAGAUGACAACAGCUGCAGAGAGGAAGUAUAUUAAUAUUAGGAAAAGAUUGGAUCAGCUGGGGUACCGCCAGACUCUGACAGUCGAAUGUUUACCUUUGGUAGAAAAGCUGUUCAGUGAUUUGGUUCAUACAACAGAAAGCCUUCGACAAUCAAAAUUAUCUUCUGUGAAAGCUGAAAAGGAAAGUGCCAAUUCUGAUUUUGUUUUAGAGCCCUAUAAACUUGAAAAUGCAAGAUUGAGUAAAGAAAAUAAUGAAUUAUACUUGGAGUUAAUGAAACUGAGAGAGUGCUCAGAACAAAACAUUAAAGAGUUGAAAACUACAUUGAAGAAGUGUACACGUGAAACAGCAGAUCUGAAAUUUCUAAAUAACCAAUAUGUUCACAAACUCAAACUUUUGGAGAAAGAGAGUAAAGCUAAAAAUGAAAAAAUUCAACAGCUUCAAGAAAAGAAUUUGCAUGCUGUAGUACAAACUCCAGGUGGCAAGAAAAGAAGCAUUGCAUUCAGACGCCAGCGUAUGCAAAUUGAUGAGCCAGCUCCUCCCUCUGAAGUCAAUUCCUAUCCAGUUCCACAGCCAGAGGACCCUUACAUCGCAGACCUCCUGCAAAUAGCUGAUAACAGGAUCCAAGAACUUCAGGAGGAAGUCCACCAGUUACAAGAAAAGUUAGCAGUGAUGGAAAGUGGUGUGAGAGAUUACAGCAAACAGGUUGACUUUCUUCAGCAAGCCAAUAAAGACCUGGAGAAGCAUCUUCAAGAGCUUAUGGAAACCAAGGAAACAGUGGCAACUGAAGUAGUUAAUUUAAGUAACAAAAAUGAAAAACUCUGCCAAGAACUAACUGAAAUAGACCAGUUAGCACAGCAACUAGAAAGACAUAAAGAAGAAGUGCUUGAGACUGCUGAUAAAGAACUUGGGGAAGCAAAGAAAGAGAUCAAAAGAAACCUCUGUGAAAUGCGGAAUCUUGAAGAAACAAUGACAAAACUUCAACUGGAGUUAGACUUAUGCCAUAAAGAAAAGGAGAGACUGAGUGAUGAACUCCUUCUAAAAUCAGACCUGGAAACUGUUGUUCAUCAGCUUGAACAAGAAAACCAAAGACUUAGCAAAAAAAUUGAAAGUUUUGCAGUUACAGAAAGAGAACUUACUUUGGAAGUUGAGAGGAUGAGGCUAGAACAUGGGAUAAAACGUCGAGACAAGUUACCUUCUCGUUUAGAUACAUUUCUCAAAGGUAUAGAAGAAGAACGAGAUUAUUAUAAAAAAGAGCUAGAAAGACUCCAACAUAUAAUACAGAGAAGAUCUUGCUCUAUAAAUUACUGUGCACAUGAAAAAAUUCCAGUAUUUAAAACACCAGAAAAGGGUGAUUACAAUUCAGAAAUUCAUCUGGUCACAAGAGAAAGAGAUGAACUUCAGCGUAUGCUAGAAAGAUUUGAAAAAUACAUGGAAGAUAUACAGUGCAAUGUUAAAUUAUUGACAGCAGAAAGAGAUAAACUAAGUGUCUUAUAUAAUGAAGCUCAGGAAGAAUUAUGUGCACUAAGACAGGAAUCAGCCCACACCACCAUCCCCAGUAGUCUUGUUAAUCUUAGGGAAAAGGAAAAGGAACUUGCUUUAUCGGACUUAAGAAGAAUUAUGGCAGAAAAGGAAGAUUUAAGAGAAAAGUUAAAAAAUAUCCAGGAAAUGAGUGCUAUGGGAAAAUCAGAAUUAGAGAAAACUAUUGAACAUUUGACAUGUGUUAAUCAUCAGCUUGAAAGUGAAAAAUAUGAAUUACAAUCUAAAGUGUUAAUAAUGAAAGAAACAAUAGAGUCACUAGAGAACAAAUCAAAACUCCAAGCUCAAAAGCUUAGCCAUGUGGCUGGUGACUCAUCCCAUCAAAAAACAGAGAUGAACUCCCUUAGAGUAGUAAAUGACCAGCUACAGCGGUCUCUUGAUGACUAUCAGCACCAACUGUCCAUAAAAAGAGGUGAACUUGAAUCUGCCCAAGAACAAAUUAAAAUACUGGAGGAAAAAAUAGGUGAGCUAAACCUUAAGAUGACUUCACAGAAUGAAGAGGCUCAUGUAAUGAAAAAGACUAUUGGUGUUAUUGAUAAAGAGAAAGACUUCCUCCAGGAGACGGUGGAUGAGAAGACAGAAAAGAUUGCAAACUUGCAGGAAAUCCUGGCUAGUAAAGAAAAAGCUGUUGCUCAGAUGAAGAUAACUGUCUCAGAAUAUGAAUUAUCUAUGAACCAACUAAAGGAAACACUGAGUAAUCGAGACCGGGAGAUAAGCAGCCUCCGGCGUCAGCUUGAUACAACUCUCAAAGAACUUGAUGAAGUAGGAAAGUCUAGAGAAAUAUCUUUCAAGGAAAACAGAAGAUUACAAGAUGAUCUGGCUACAAUGGCAAGAGAAAAUCAGGAAAUCUCAUUGGAAUUGGAGGCAGCAGUUCAAGAAAAAGAAGAAAUGAAGAGUAGAGUUCAUAAUUACAUAACUGAGGUGUCCCGAUGGGAGAGCUUAAUGGCUGCUAAGGAGCAAGAAAAUCAAGAUUUGUUAGAUAGAUUCCAGAUGCUUCAUAACUGUGCUGAAGACUGGGAAAUCAAAGCCCAUCAAGCUGAAGGAGAAAGCAGCUCAGUUCGACUGGAACUUCUUUCUAUUGAUACAGAGAGAAGACACCUUCGAGAAAGAGCGGACCUACUAGAAAAAGAAAUUCAGGAGCACAUAAAUGCACAUCAUGCUUAUGAAUCUCAGAUCUCAUCAAUGGCAAAAGCCAUGGCUAGAUUAGAAGAAGAACUGAGACAUCAAGAAGAUGAAAAAGCAACAGUAUUAAAUGAUUUGUCUUCUCUUAGAGAACUUUGCAUUAAGCUUGAUUCAGGCAAAGAUGUUAUGACCCAACAGUUGAAUUCUAAAAACCUUGAGUUGGAGAGGGCACUGGUAGAAUUAGAAAAUGUAAAAUCAGAAUCAGAACUAUUAAAAAAACAACUGUCAAGUGAGAGAUGCACAAUUAAAAACCUUGAAUCAUUGUUGGCUACAAAUAGAGAUAAAGAAUUUCAUUCUCAUUUAACCUCGCAUGAGAAGGAUACAGAAAUUCAGCUACUUAAGGAGAAGUUAACCCUUUCAGAAAGCAAAUUAACUAGUCAAAGCAGAGAAAACACCAUGCUUCGAGCUAAAGUGGGACAGUUACACACAGAUUAUGAUGCUCUAAAAAGGCAAAUUUCAACGGAGAGAUAUGAACGAGAACGAGCAAUCCAAGAGAUGCGUCGACAUGGUCUUCCUACAUCUCCCCUUAGUUCUACUCUGAAGUCUCCUUCACAUUCUCCAGAACAUAAAGAGUUAUUGAUGAUACCUGCACGUUGGAGUUGCCUGAAGAAUUUAAUGAAGUCUUAUGUGCAACCCCCAGACACCGGACCAGAUAAAUCAGAAUCUUUGUGAAUGAGGUGUGAUAUUGUUUUU